AUGUUACCUGACAUCACUGCCACGAAUAUUCCUAUUCGAUCCAUUCUUGGAGCUGAAGCAAAAUCGGUUGAUGAUUCACCUCAGUAUUGGGAUCCUCGACUUAAUUUUAGUAGUGGAUGGAAAGAUAUUGGCUUUGCUAUUGCCUUCUGGAUUAAUGUCAUUGUUAUCAUAUUAUUAAUCGAAAGGUUAAUUGGUUAUCUUAAUGAGUGGGCAUUUAUUUAUGCAGCACUUACUGGUCAAGGUUUUUUUCAAGCUAGUCAAAGUUUUGUUGAAUUGUUUCGAAAAAAUGGUUGGACAGCAAUUAUUAAUGAUAGUCUCAUCAGAUUUACUCUUAUGUUUAAUAAUAUUGGAAUAGGCCUCAUUUCAGCUGCUUUCGGGGGUCUUAUGAAAUUUCUUUUGAUAGAAGACUCGUCACAACGAAUACAGGCUGCUACAGCUAUAUCUUGUAGUGGUUUUAUAAUCGGUAUAUUUAUUAGUACAAUCGUCACAACAAUUCUGACUUCAUGUGUCCGUACAAUAUUUGUUUGUUUUUCUCUCAAUCUAGCUGCAUUGGGUGUGACGUGUCCUGAUCAUCUGCAAACUUUGACUAAAGCGUGGCGCGAAUUCCAUCCACUGAAAUUCGCUGACAGUGGUUACCGUGAUCAAUUGGUAGAACAAGUGGCAUAG